AUGACAGAAGUGUUCCCUGCAGAUGUUCAGCACACGGUGCUGAUUAAAGAAGAAGCUCCUGAAGAAUGGAGUUGUGGUGUGGACCAGAAGGACCCAGAAACCCUCAACAUAAAGGAGGAAGAGGAGGAACUGAGGAGCAGUCUGGAUGUGGAGCAGCUCAGUGUGAAGGAGGAGACUGAUGACACCAGGUUCUCCUUCACUGCAGUUCAUUUGAAGAGUGAGGAUGAUGAAGAGAAAUCUCUGUUCUCUCAGCUUCAUCAGCACCAAGUGGAAGAUGGAGAUCUUCCAACCAGCAGCUCAGCUGACCAGAUGAAAGCAGCAACUGACAUUCAGCGGAUGAUGCUGAUUGUAUCAGCAGCUUCUGAAGAAUGGAGAUCUGAUGUGGAUCAGAAUAACUCUGAGCCCCUCCAUAUGAAGCUUCCUCAGUACCAAGUGGAAGAUGAAGAUCUUCCAACCAGCAGCUCAACUGACCAGAUGGAUGCAGCAACUGUUGGAGAGGACUGUGGAGGAGCAGGAACUACCAGGAACACAGAUCUAAAUACUCAUGAAGAUGAUUCAAGCUUAUCAGAGACUGAAGUCAGUGAGGAUGAUGAUGAAGAUACAAAUGGUCCUUAUUCUCAGCUGAAAGACUCAUCAGACUCUGGAUCAGAACCUGAAGACUGUGACAAAGACUGGACGGAGAGCAGGACUCCUGAGUCAGGUGUAAACACUGUCAACAAAUCUUGCAGCUUCUCUGAGUGUGAGAAACAAAUUUUCCACAAGGAGUCUGUUCAGAAAAACAAGACAGGUCAUUCAAGAACAAAGUCCUUAAGUUGUUUGGUUAGUAAGAAAUGUUUUAGAGGGAAGAAAACUGGAGGCUCAAACAAAACAAUUCAGUCAAGACGGAAAUCAUUUAUUUGUGAUGACUGUGGAAAAAGAUUUAACAGAAAAGAUAGUCUAAACAGACACCUGAGAAUUCACACAGGACAGAAACCAUUUUCUUGUGAUGUUUGUGGACAAAGGUUUGGACAAAAGACGCAUUUAAACUCGCACAUGAGAAUCCACACUGGGCAGAAACCAUUUGUUUGUGAUCUUUGUGGACACAAGUUUAGAGAAAAGUCAAAUUUAAACAAACACAUGAGAAUCCACACAGGACAGAAACCAUUUGCUUGUAUUGUUUGUGGACACAGGUUCGGACUAAAGUCACAUUUAAACACACACAUGAGAAUCCACACAGGACAGAAACCAUUUGUUUGUAAUGAUUGUGGACAAAUGUUUGGACAAAUAUCAAAUUUAAAAGGACACAUAAGACUCCACACAGGACAGAAACCAUUUGCUUGUGAUGUAUGUGGACAAAAGUUUCGAGAGAAGUCAUCUUUAAACAAACACAUGAACAUCCACACUGGACAGAAACCAUUUGAUUGUGAUGUUUGUGGACAUAAAUUUGGACACAAGUCAAAUUUAAACAAACACAUGAGAAUCCACACAGGACAGAAACCUUUUGCUUGCAAUGUUUGUGGACAAAAGUUUAGAGAAAAGUCGCAUUUAAACACGCACAUCAGAAUCCACACAGGACAGAAACCAUUUGCUUGUGAUGUUUGUGAACAAACGUUCAGACAAGUGUCAAAUUUAAACAAACACAGGAAAGUCCACACAUGA